UUCAAUUCCGCGUCUCUCUCUAUAGAAAUCGAAAAGAUCUCAGAGAUACAACGAAGCCGUAAAUCUCGUUUAGGGUUUUUGAACAUUUGAAAAAAAAAAAGCAUUUCUCGAUCUAGUCUCUCUAGUUUUGUUUGCUUAAUCGAAUCCAAUGGCGGGUUACAAAGCAGAUGAUGAAUACGAUUACCUUUUCAAAGUUGUUCUCAUCGGUGAUUCUGGUGUUGGAAAGUCUAAUCUGCUUUCACGAUUCACUAAGAACGAGUUUAGUCUCGAGUCUAAAUCCACCAUAGGCGUGGAGUUCGCGACUAGGAGUUUGAAUGUUGAUGAUAAAGUCAUCAAAGCUCAGAUUUGGGAUACUGCUGGUCAAGAAAGGUACCGAGCCAUCACUAGCGCGUACUAUCGUGGAGCUGUUGGAGCGCUUCUUGUCUACGACGUAACCCGACACUCCACAUUCGAGAACGUAGAGACGUGGCUCAAAGAACUCAGAAACCACACUGAUCCAAACAUCGUAGUCAUGCUCGUCGGCAACAAAUCCGAUCUCCGUCACCUCGUGGCUGUUCAGACAGAGGAUGCCAAGUCAUUCGCCGAGAAAGAAUCUCUUUGCUUCAUGGAAACAUCUGCUCUUGAAUCCACAAACGUCGAGGAUGCUUUCGCGGAAGUACUCACUCAGAUACACGGCAUUGUGAGCAAAAAGGCAAUGGAAGCAGCGAGCGAAUCAGCUAACGUUCCGUCGAAAGGAGACAAGAUCGAGAUCGGUAAGGAUGUAUCCGCUGUGAAAAAAGCUGGAUGCUGUUCAAAUUAGUAAGAGAGUGGAUGGAUCUUGUUGUAAUGUUAACUACAGGAGGAUCUCGGUUUUUGUUUAACUGUUUAUUUAUUCAAAGUCAUUCGAAUAUUGAAAGAUUGUUUUAGGUUUAUUCAUUGUCUUUUAUCAUGUGUUUCUGUUGAUUAUAUAAAUUUUAUGGUUGAAAUUUUAUUUUGUCUAUAACAAAACUCAAUA